AGAUCUCUGCCGGAAGACGCGGCCGAGGCAGCCACUCUACUGUACAUGGGGGUUCCACUGUAAGGCGCUAAUUAAUAAUUAUCGUCAAUUAACCCGAGCUGACCUCUGCUGUCGUCGUCGUCGUCAACAUCAACAACAACAUCAGCGGCAUCGUUGUCACGUCGCAAAGGAACCUUGGGGCCACCACGCGAUCAUGGUGGACUGAAGCCGCCGAAUCUUAAAAACGAAUUAAACAACAACAAAAGACCCCUCCAACACAACCACAGCAACAAAAAGCACACCAGCAGCCAAAGUGAGGGCACCUCACGGACGCGGGUUAUGCAAUCUGGAUCGCCGCUAAGCCACCGCAGCUGGCGUCCAUGUUGCGGUCUCCCCGCUACCUGGUCAGCCACUGCCUGCGCGCCCUCAUGACCAAGCUGCAGGACGCAACGCCUGGCAUGGCGGCAGCGGGCGGCGACGACGGCGGCGCGGGCCGAGCUGGCAGUGGCGACGCGGCAGGAAUGCGCGCGUCGGUGCGGUACCUGGGCCUCCUGGCUGACGUGACGCUGCUGGUUGCCGUGUGCGUGGGGCUGUUUGCGCGCUGGGAGCGCACGGACAACGCGCUGCUGCUCGUGCUGUUCGUGCUCGGCCUGCUCGUGCUGGCGCUCGCGUGCGUGCUCUGCUACUACUUCUCCAUGGAGCGUGCCGGCGGGAGCCUCGCUAACCUGUGGUUCGGCUUCCUGCUUGGCCUGCUGGCGCUGCUGGACACCAAGGACGCGGCGCUGGACGUGAAGGAGGAGGCCACGAGGUACCUGCUGCUGACCAGCGUGGCCCUCAAGCUGCUGUGGGCCCUAGUGGAGCGCGUCUGCGGCUACACUCGCCGCACGCCGACGCUUGUCACUGGCGCCGAGCUGCUGCAGCUGCUCGGCUUCUCGGUGGCGAGCACGGCCAUGCUGGCGCCGCAGUGCGCCAACGUGGUGCUGCUUGCGUGCGCCGUUGGCCUCUGCAUCGCCGACCUGCGCAUGAAGUCUUUCUUGGCGCCCCUCAACCUGGUGGCGUUCAGCCUGCUCACGGCGCUGCUCUUCUUCCCGUCGCUGGGCGUCUCCGUGAACCCGUACGCGUUGGGCUGCUUCUUUGGCCGCCUCGUAGCCGGCCCACUGCUCGAUCUGUACUUCUGCGGCCUGUCGGUGACGGAGCGCUGGCAGCCGUACCUGCAGAUGCGCAACAGCUUGCGUCGCCUCUCGGUGCUGGCACUGGCUGCGACCGAGCUGUUCUUCCUGGCGCUGUCGGCCUGCGCUCUCGCCGACCUGCACCGCUGGUACAUCGUCAUCCCGGGCUUCGUGGUGUUUGGCAUCCUGUGGCUGGGCUGCCACCUGGCGCUGGUGGCGUCGCUCUGGGCCUUCCACAACAAGCUGACGGACUGCCUGGGCGCGUACACGCUGCUGCGCGCCAGCGGCAAGGGGCUCGACGGCGUGAUGGCAUCGCGUGGCAUGCGUCACUUCUGCCUGGUGGCCGAGCGCCUGGUGUUCGGGGCCCUCAUGUCCACCUCUCUGCUGGGGGCCGUGUGCUGGCAGGCACACAACGGCACUUUCAUGGCUGCUUUCCUGAUCAUCCUGCCGCUGGAAUCGCUCCUCUUUGGCCUCUUCCACGAGCUUGGCAGCUGCCUCGGGGGAACCUGUGUGGGUUACGCACUCAUCAUCCCGACUGCCUACUGCAGCCCGGACGGGCAGCCUCUGCUGCUGCCGCCUGAGCUGGUGGAGAGCCUGAACGUGCGCUCGACGGGCACGCUGCACACGGUGCAGCGUUUCUUUGCGCACCACAUGGUGGAGACGUUUGGCUGCGACUACUGCACGAGCGGCCUCACGCUCGAGUACCUGCAGGCGAAGCUGCGCACCUUCUUCGACAUGCGCACGCAGGACGGGCCGCGGCACGACACUUACAUCCUCUACUACAGCGGGCACACGCACAGCACGGGAGACUGGGCGCUGGCAGGGAGGCCGUCAUCCAGCGGUGGAUAUUCUGCAGGGGGAGAAUCUCUGAAGCUGGAGACCCUGCUCGAGUGGUGGAAGGAGCGGAGCGGGCCCCACCCGUGUCGCCUCAUCGUGGUGCUCGACUGCGAGAGCGGCGCCCAGUGGGCACGCGAUGUGCGUCGCCUCGCCGGCCCGCAGGGCUUCGUCGCCGUGCAGGCGGCCGUCAUCUUCCGGACGGCGAGCGACGCGGACGCGGUCGUGACGAUGGACGGCGCGGGCGCCUCGCUCCCGGGCGAGUUCACGCGCCGCUGGGUCGACUUCAACUGCGGCGGCGGCGCCGCCACGUGGGAGGAGAAGUGCGGCAGCGCGGGCGCCGUCUACGGCGUGUCCUCCUCGUGGGGCGACUACCGCAUGCGGGUGCCGGAGGACGCCGCCGCCGGAUCGGCGUACUUCCCGCGCCCGCUCAGGCCGCUGGUGCGAGCGGCGUCGUGCGCCUGCUGCGACCGGCUGGGCGGCUUCGGCCUGGGGCUGGGCCUGGGCGUGCUGUGCGAGGUUUGCUCGCGUUGCUUCCGGCGCAUCAAGCUGCGCUGGUUCCCGCCGGCGGCGCUCGACACGGGACAUGGCUUCAAGCUCGUCAAGUCGUGAGCGUGCAAUUUUUAAGGAGGUCGUCGUCGUCACCGUCGUCGCGCGGCACCUGGCGUUAUCAGGGAGCGGGGGGGGGGAGCACUUGGACACUGGUUACAAGCACGUUUUUUUUGUCACCGUGCCGGAUUCAUCUUUUUCUGUUUGCAGUUUUCAUGUUGUCCGUCAUUAAUUCAUGUUAAGAACAUGAUGUUCAGCUGCAAAAGAAUCGGGGCUCUUCUACAUUAGUCCUCUUCCAUCCUUCCUCGCAAAGAAUAAAUUGGCCUGCACUUGUUUGUUCUGUACAAGUUUUAAGGAGUGAAGUCACCGAAGGGUUAUCUUUUUAAUGGAGUUGUUGGUAUUUAAAAUCGGCGCGUUUGUAAUUUGCGUCUGUUGUGGUCUAUGUUCAGACCCGCGGUCACGUCAACAGUGUGCUGCGUUAAGAAAAUAAAAAUUACGGAGGCCAUCUCAUUCAAAUUAAGAAGGCAGGCUCAAGGCUUGUUUCAUUGCAUAGUUCCAGCGACUGCACUGCGGCACACAUAAGCAGGACUAAUUAAACACUUUCUUGUUUUUGCAAAGCCUUAGGUGUUGCACGUAUCACACAUUGCGUGGUUGGGUUUUUGUGUUUUGUAUUAUUCAUUAUAUUCCUUUGUCCCCUGCACAAUAAUUACUAUGACUGGUUUUUUGUUGCGGUUGCUUUUGUUGUUUUUUUUUGUAAGAAUAUGGUGGGGCUUUUAUAAAUCAAAAUAUACCACCAAAUUGGUAAGUAGGUUUGCAACAAAUGCUAUCAGUUCCAUUUUUUUGCCCGAGUUAUAAUUAAUCUGACAUUUGCCACUUUAUUUCAAAAUCAUGUUACAAUGCAUCACUUUUUAGUGGCGUUAAAUUAAUCCACAAUUGGUCAUACCCUUACGUGAAAGCAGCCCUUUUCCCCGGCAUUAACCUCUGAUUAGCACGGUUAGCUACGUACGGCGCGAAAGAAGUUCAGCAUGCAUACAUACAUGCGUUAACACUAAGCGUUUGAGAAAAUAUAUUUUACCGAAAAUGCUUUCAGGAUAUUACGUUGUAGGGGCGAUUAAACUUUUUUUAAAAUACAAUUUCAACUUGUGUUUGGCACCGAGGCUCCUUUUGUUAAGGCAAAAGUUCUGAUGCAUUUUAAAAUCGCAAGUCAAAAGGCGGAAGCGUCACGCUGAAUGUCAUUAAUAUUCUUGCCAUUGGAUGUUUGCUACACGUAAAGGUUUUAAUAGCACCACUUAGUUAUUAAUCAAAGUGCACUUGCCAGGAGAUGUCUCACAUUCCCAUUAAAUAAUUAUCAUCUUUAUACCAAACAAAAUCCCAAGGCAAAAGUGAGGCUGUACAAUGCGGCUUGCAAGCGAUAGACUCCAAAUUCUAAAAGUGCCAAUAUAUAUGAAAAAAAGAUUCUUCACUCCAUCGAUGGAGGUUACUUUGUUUAUAUUUUUUACAAUUAUUUAUCAUUGAUAAACGCACACGCCGCUCACAUACAUACUGAUCCUGUCUUUAAACUGUGCAUCUUGGGAACACAACUUGUCCACCGGUUGACCUCGUUUCUUCUUCAGGCCAAGUUUUUCCCCUUUUCCAACAAAUAGCUCCUUUUGCACUGUGGUGAAUGCCACCGACGAGGGGAGUGGCUCACUACCGUGUGGGGUUAUUGACCGCUGCGUCUGCGCAUGUCCCCCCCCCGCACCUCCAAUAAGCUACGUACGGUGCGAAAGAUGUUCAGCAUACAGUACACACGUGAUAAAACGUGGGUUGAGAACCGUCAUUUAAUCUGGCCCACGGCCACAGGGGCGAAUGGCCUACCACUUGGAAGCAGCCCGAAAAUAUGUUUUAAUGUUACUCUACUCCUCUUAAGUCAGGCUAAUCGAUAAUUUAAACCUGGCUACAACACUUUCUAAAUCUCGUGUACUCAGCCACAGUUAUCGCAAGGGCCUCUUGCAGUGACGAGUGAAUGAAUCGUGCUUAUGAGUUGACUGGCCGCCAAAGAUAUCUUAAAGUUGUACUCGGCCCUCGGUAAGGAAAAGGCUUCCCGCCCCUGCGUUAAAAGAUCACGUUAAAGUCUCCUCUGGAGCAGGCCAUAGUGUGACAUGGUUGCUGGAUAAGCCAUGAAGGCAUUCCCCCCCCCCCCCCCCCACCUUAAAAACAGGGCCUCCAGUCUAAACGUUGUGCAGUUGACCAAGCAGCACUUUGUAAAAAAAUGUUUUUGACAAAUACCCGUUUUGAAAAAGUGCUAAGGUUACAAAAUUAAUUUAACGAAAUGUUCUCGGACUGGUUGGACUUGAUGUGAGUUGAGCCUUCACGGUUUUGGAUCUCAUGUACCCGGUGUGUGUUGUGAAUGGUUUGUGCCCUGGAAUAAAGGUUACGGACAAUGA